GAGGAAGUGGUGCUCAGCAUCCAGGGAUACUUGGUCAAAAGCAAGUUACCACCAAUAACCCGCGAGGCAGACAUUGCCCGUACAAGGGCUGUUCAUACAGAGCAGUACUUGCGUAUCACUGGACUUGGCAGUGCCCAGUUCAGUGAAGCUGCUGUGGCACUGAUGUCUAUCCAUCAGCUGUUUGAGAGAAGGCUUGGCCAAGGAAGCCUUCAUCAGUGGGAUGUAAAGAAAGAGCAAGGACAUAUUGCUCUUGACUUCCACAAUCAAUAUCUCACCACACGAGAGAACACCUCUGCUGCCAACAUCAUUGACAUCCCUGAUGACAUGGACCCUUUCCACAUCCUCCGCCGUCACAUCACAGAUGAAGUUUUCACUAUGGAUGGUCUAGUCAAAUACUAUGAGAGGGUGAAACCUGACAAUGUUGCCAAGCCUCAAUUCAAGAAGUCUCAUUCAACAGCUAUCAGUGUUGGUCAAUUAGUGGAAAUCCAAACUUCAUUUGUGGCUGUUCCUAGGGGAAAGGGGAAAUACAAGAUGGUGUGUAAGUUGCGCUCCAUCUGUGUCCUUGAUCGCAGCAUAGAAAAUGUAAGCCUAUUUUUGUAUUUGAAACAAACUACUAAACUAUGGACAGGCAUUAACCGAGAGCGAGUUGAGCAAGCACUGAAACAGGGGUCUCCAACACGGAAGGUCAAACGUGUUGUUGGAUAUGAUGAUGACAGUGAU